AGAAUACGUGUCUCGAAAUCACUAGUAUGACUUUAUUACGUUGAUGUAGAUAAGUCCACCAUCGGCACUUAUGGUGUAGUUGACUGGUUUCACAUCCGUGGCAUUCAUCGGAAGGUAAUUGAACGCAAUAGCAGCAAAAGCACUGAGAGGUCAGGUCGAAGUUUUGUGGACAUUGAGCUGGUAUAUCUGCGGGUGUCGCCAACCUGUUUGACCGCUUGAAGUUGAUUGACGUGAAUUACUGGUGAUGCGCUCCAUGACCCUGUUCGGCAAGAGGGCGUUCCGGCACCAUUGGUUCCAUCAGCCCAGACUAAGGCUUAGAGAGCCAUCAAAACUGAUCUGCAGAUUGUACCACCGAGAUCGGAGAGGCCAAAUCCCAUACUACAAGGAAUGUCUGUGCGAUGGCAAGAAAAACUUGAUGACCGUUGAAAGGGAGCUGGGACGACCUCCGUAUCCCAUGGGCAACAACAAGCAGCGCAGGAUGUUCAAUACUUGCCAUGGUCAAACUGGUGAAAACGUUCCACAAAACGGCAUUUUACUCACGAACGGAUGUUUGGAGAGAAACGAUCCAAUUCUUCCAGCACAAAUUGCGAUUGCCGGAGGAAUAGGACUCCCCAGAGGUUAUAUACCUCGAGGACACAGGGAAUACGCAGCAGCUGGUAUGGCAAUCUUGAUUUGUCCAUUACAACACACAGGAGAUGUCGGCGCAUCGGCAUCGUGUGACACGGAAAAUUUGAAGAAUUUAGAGUUAGAAUUUUAUGAGCUUCCCCUUAAUCUCUCUCCAUUCCUUGGUGCUGUUGCUCUACUGCCAUCGUACUGGACCGUUCACCGCGGUGUUGGAGGCGGUGCGAAGCCAAUGGCGUUUUCUUAG